AUUUUUUUCCAAUAGCUGUUCCAAGCACCUGUGUCUAGCUAUCGGCUCACCAUGGCUGCGCCUUCAGAACAAAGAAUUGCGGUUCCAAUCGACGACCCCAAUGCCGAUACCGAAUGGAAUGACAUUCUGCGCAAGCAUGGCGUUAUCCCCGAGAAACCUCCCAGCCCUACUCCCAUGAUUGAGGAAGCCAUCCUGGAGGCGAGAAGGCUUGCACAUGAGAAUCGACUUGAGGGAAAAGAGCUGGACGAGCUUGACGAGCUGGAAGACGACGAAGACGACGACUUUCUAGAACAGUACCGCCAGAAGCGCAUGGCCGAGCUAAGCAAUCUGCAACAAAAAUCCAUCCAUGGCUCCGUAUACCCCAUAUCGAAGCCCGAUUAUCAGCGCGAAAUCACAGAAGCAUCCAACCACGGCCCCGUCUUUGUGAACCUCACAUCAGCCUCAGGGGCUACGAAUGUGGAAUCCAGAGUUCUAUCAGACCUGUGGAGGCAAGCUGCAAAGGAGUAUGGCGAUGUCAAGUUCUGCGAAAUCAGAGCUAAUCAAGCCAUCGAAAACUACCCGGACCGAAACUGCCCUACAAUCUUGGUGUACAGCAAGGGCGAUAUUGUAAAGCAAGUUGUAACCCUCUUGACCUUGGGAGGCGUUCGGACCAAUAUGAGACAUAUCGACGACAUACUUGUCGAGGUUGGCGCCGUGCCCAACUCGGAUAUGCGAGUAGUCAAGAGGAGGAGAGCUGCGGAAGAGGCCGAAGAGGAGCGAUUAGCCGGCGGCAAAACUAUAAAGACAAGUAACAUUGGGCGAGCACAGGUUGACUCCGAUGAUGAUGACUGGGACUGAGAAACAAGUUUCAAUCUUUAGCUCAUCUCGACGCUCCUCCGUAAUCAAAAGCUGCAGAGGGCUCUUUUGAAAGCCAUAAAACACGUUGCAUACGAAGCAAGGUCUAUCACGGAUGCGAAAGUAAGCUCAACGGAGAGCUGUAGACUUCAUUCGCAAAACUAUUUACACAUUGUGCCUCUUAUUUUACAUACUCUAUCUCAAACUUUAUUCUUAACUC